GGUGUGUUUACAUUGACGUCACAGCAGUUUGCCGAGAGGAUACAAUUCUGAUACAUCGGCAUCAUGUUCCAUGGGAUACCAGUUACAGGAGGUGUAGGGGGAGCUCCAGCCAAUAAACCUGAGUUAUAUGAGGAAGUGAAAUUAUACAAAAAUGCAAGGGAACGAGAGAAGUAUGAUAACAUGGCAGAGUUGUUUGCUGUUGUCAAGACCCUGCAAGCCCUGGAGAAGGCUUACAUCAAAGACUGUGUAACACCUAAUGAGUACACUGCUUCCUGUUCCAGACUCUUGGUUCAGUAUAAGGCUGCUUUCAAACAGGUACAGGGCUCUGACGUGGGCUCCAUCGACGACUUCUGCAGGAAGUACAGACUUGAUUGCCCACUAGCCAUGGAAAGGAUUAAGGAGGAUCGGCCAAUCACCAUCAAGGAUGACAAGGGCAAUCUGAACCGCUGCAUUGCAGAUAUUGUUUCUCUCUUCAUCACUGUGAUGGACAAGCUGAGACUGGAGAUCAGGGCAAUGGACGAGAUCCAGCCAGACCUGAGGGAGCUGAUGGAAACCAUGAACAGAAUGAGCAACAUGCCUCCAGACUCAGAGGCUAAGGACAAAGUCAGCCUCUGGUUGACCACCCUCAGCAGCAUGUCGGCCUCAGACGAAUUGGAUGAUAAUCAGGUGCGCCAGAUGCUGUUUGACCUUGAGUCGGCCUACAACGCCUUCAACCGCUUCCUUCACUCCUCCUAAAGCAUCCCUCCAUUAUAAAUCCAUGUGUCUGAAAUUCUGACUCUAAUACCUGUUAAGUUAAAAAAAAAAAAAAAAAAAAAAGCUCCACUUUCUCCUCAUGUUUAUUGGUAGGAAGUGGAUUUAAGUCUGGGGACAGGGUCUCUCUUUCCUGCUUCUCCUUUCUGUCUCUGCAUUUGUUCCCUGUGUCUUUAUCCAUGUUGUGUACAAUUCAAAGCUCACCACCUUGUAGCGUAUACUCCACUGUUUGUGGUACAUCGUGCUGCUUGCAGCCUUGCCCGCCGGGCUCUUCCUGUGCUGUGAGAUGCUCCAUUGGCCUGUUUUCUAGCCAAACCUGUGUGAUGAAUCCUUUAACACUGGCUCUUUAUUCUGAUCUUGACAAAGCAAUUUACUUCUAACUUUGUACUGUAAUUUCAAAAAAUGUCUAAUUUUAUACUUAAGUUUUGCAGAGCACCAACAGAGAAGCAUGAAUCAAUUAUAUUGGGCAAAUUCUGCACAUGAAGAAAAGGUUGCAACAGCCAAAGCCUUUGUAUUAUUGGAAAGAUGAAUAUAUAUAUUUUUUCUUUUUGGUACCCUAAAA